AUGAAAUUAUUCCUGCCACCCGCACUAGGACUGGCUCGCCACCCCCACUUAUUAGGCAUUUAAACUCAGGCUCGGUAGGACAUCUUAAUUCACAGGAUAAAAAAGAUUAAAACUGCCAUUUGAUGGCUUAUGCAUAGCCUAGAUGGUCAUGCCAGAGCAUUGAACUUAUUUUUGUUAUUUUUCAAAUAAUUUCUUAAAAUAGGGUGGCAGAUCCUCCCCUUGAAUGAAAGUUGCUGCUUGUAUGCUCAGCUCCUUAUCAACAUGAGGCUGUCAUUAAUUGUGUAUUAUAGAAAAAAUUAGGCAAGGAACCAUAGAUUUAAUGAACUCCUUUUGACCCUGCUGGGAAUCUAAGGGUGACGUUGUCCAUAUAUGAAAUCUUGCCUUCUGGAGGAUGUCCAGGUGUUUACAAUUAUUGGAAUAAUUUGAAAAAUACUAAACUAAUCUAAAACUAAAUUACCAUGUAGGAGUUCUGGGCCUCCUCUCAUUUACCAUGGCACCACCCAAGUCUUUGUUUUGCUGCAUUGCUCUUGGUUACUGCAUUGUCUCUAGUAGCACAUAGCCAUGAGCAUCUCUAAGGUAAAUCAAUAACCAGCUAAAGCAGCAAAUGGCUCGUGAAUGGCUAAUGAAAGAAAAUUAAGAUAGACAUUUGCUGACGUGGUUUCAAGUCAAGGUCUGAAAAUUUGUAUGCAUCUCCAUGAGGCUUUCUUUUUUUUUUCAGUCUAUGGUGCCAGUAGGCUUUCUUGGUGGAGCCUGAUGGUUGGCCCCAGCCCAUUAUGCCACAGGCAAGUGUUUAUAGGGGUGCCAUCUUUCUUGGCUCAUGCUGCCCCCUGGAGCUCUAGGAGCCUCUCUUUAGAGAAAGAGAAUCUAGUGUCUGGGCUGAUAGAUGGUCUUCAGGACAGCAUGUGGGUAGUCUUGGGCCAUACAGCAGUGACUGAAAAAUCCCAGCUGUGGCAGCAGGCAGGACUUGAACCCGCGUCCUCCUGGAUGCAGCGCUAGCAUACUAACCACUCAGCCUCCGCCUAGCUACACUAACCAUUCAGCCGUGCCUAGCUACAAAUCCCCGGAUCCUAUUAAAGAAGGAACUCAUUUAAAGUUUGACUGCUCAUAUAAUGAAUGAUUUCUGCAUGACACAAGCACCCGUUCAGAUUUGAUUCCACUGGCUGGGAUGGGAGACACUCCAGUAACACAGAACAUGAGCACCCCAGCUACUGGCUUCAGUCCCUGGCAGUCAGAUGAUUUGGAGAGGACACUCACUUUUCCCAGUGCUUCCAGUCUAUGGUCUGGGGUGGCUUAGCUUCAUGGAGGACACAUUACUCAUUGAGGUCCAUUUUAAACAGUUUUUGGCAUGACAACUGGAGAUAUCUCUCAGACUAACAAGAUGAGGCUUUUGGUCCGUGGCAUGGUGAUAGUGGUCUUGAUCUCAGUGCUCUCCCUGGUCCUCUACUCUCUAAUCCUCUGGGCUGCUGUUCCCUCUACCCCAGGACCAUACAGAUAUGACACCAACAAGCUGAGUAAGGCUGAUGAAUAUAUGACAAUAGUUGGGUCAGAUAUUGAAUCGCACUUCUACACCCUGGAAGUUCACAACUGUUCACUUCAGAGCACAGAGAUUAAUAUUACUUGGAAUAAUGCAAUAUGGCAAAAGGUUGAUGGAAAGCGAGUUUACCUGUACCGCUCAUAUUACGACAUCAGGUAUGUCUUUGAAGGCACUUCAUACCACUAUGUUAGAAUUAUUGGGAUGCCUCAGGGUAAAGUUAAAGAAGGAGAGAAAUACUAUUGCCAUCUGUGGUAUCCCAGAGAACAAGAUCCAGUGGCUGUGAGGGCAGAUGUAUCAGAAGUGUGGCAACCAGUGUGGGACAGCAAACCCAAGCCCGACAUGUACCACACUUACCUCUUCUCGUGUCCUAUUCCUCUACAAGUGCAUGAACAUCGGCCUCAUCCAGAGUUUGUGUCAUUGUCCCACCAAGCCUGCGGAAACAUAACCACACAAUUGAAGGUUCAUCAUGAUGGAAUUAGAGCAUGGCAAAGGAGUGAAAGAAAAGGGAAAUACGUUGUGUGUGUCAAGGGGAUGAAUUUUGAGGAAGAUGUGUCAAUGAAGCUUAUUGAGUGGCUAGAGCUCAUUUCCAUUCUGGGUGCUAGUAAGAUUCUCAUGUAUAAAUACACUGUGCAUCAUAAUGUUGGUAAGGUGUUAGAUUAUUAUCAGAGAAAAGGGAAGGUGGUUAUAGUGCCUCUGACUCUACCAGGAGACCAGCCAAAUGAACCCAAGCAACGGACUCGUUACCUCAAGAAGGCACUGUGGCAGAAGCGAAGGAAUGAGCUCAUCACUUACAAUGACUGCCUUUACCGCAACAUCUACCUGUAUGACUAUGUUGUGCCCUUAGAUAUUGAUGAGGUUGUAAUACCAGUUGGGACCUACACCUGGUCACAAAUGUUCACAAAACUCUUAAGGAAGCAGCCACAGUUGCUGAACAAGUAUGCAUCAUUUUCAGCCCAGAAUGUCUAUUUCCUUGAUGUUUUCAAUGUCACUUUUGACCCUGAGAUACCCAGGCAUUUCCACAUGCUGCAGCAUACAACCCGCAGUGCUAAUUUCAGCAUCCAUGGCCACUCUGUGAAAAGCUUCAUCUCUACCAAAAACUCUUUGACAGUCUUCAACCAUUAUACAUUAGAGUCUCUGUAUCCAAAACUGAAGCAGAACUUAGUAAUGAACACUUCCUUGGCACAAUUGAAUCAUUACAAGAAACGCUGCCCCAGGGAGAUGUACAGUCAGUGCAAGAGUAAGUUUUUGGUGUACACUGAAAAAGAUAAAAUAAUUGAAAAAUAUAAAGACAAGCUCAUACCCAAAGUAGAAGCAGUGAUGAAAGAGUUGGGUUUAGUGACUUAAUCUUUGUUUUAACUAAAGUCAAGUAGCAUGUAGUCUAUAAUAAGUAAGGUAUUGGUAAGGAAACGUUGCAUGCCCAAAGAUUAGGAAGAUAAAUUACGUUAAGGUGAAAUGGCUAGGUAUUGAUCCGUUUGUCUUAUGUGCAAUGUUUUCAGGUACAUGGUAAGAACAGAGAAUUGUUUAACUGAAACAUGCAAAAAGGCAUAGUUAUCUAUGUGCUCUUUGUCUCAAACAUAAUCUUACAUAAUACUAAUAAGGGUCACAAGUGUUGUAACUUAUGAUGUUAGGGGUUACAGUUAUGAACAAAUGUAUAAUUCAAAAUGCCACUUGAGAAUAUUUAGUGGAAGGCAUAAUAUUCAUGGCUUUACAGUUCCAUCUCUGACAUCCACUUGUCUAUGAUUUCCCUCUCAAGAGGUGGCCAUCGUGUAGGUUUCCAGACUCUUCUCCAGAUGUAUACAUUUUGUGCUCUACAAUUCUUGAGUCUUUUUACUUGUGUACAUCUCUGCUUUGUCUUCCAGUUACUGAUUGCUUUAAUCUUGCAUUUCCUGUUCUCGUCACUUCAUUUCCAUCUUAUUGUCAUCCCCAUUUUCAUAACAACCAUGUCAGGAUUUUGAGGCUCAAUAGAUUGAAUUAUUUUUGUUUCUUUGUUAUCUCUGAAGCUUUAUUUUGCAUUAGCACUGUUUCAUAUAUACAUACUUCUGAUUCCUGUAUUGUACAACAUCUUAUUUUUUUAUUUUUCUUUGUUACCUCAAUUCUACUUGAGUUCCACAUUAUGCCCAUAUUUUAAGUAUUGCUAACUGUGGGUAAGUACAUGCAACAUCAGCAUUUACUUGCGUUCUGUUUCAUAAUCCCAAAGAAGAAAACUGUGGCUUUCUCACCAGUACCUCCCUCCCAUAUGUGCACACUUAGACUUCUUAGUGUUCGCUUUCUGAAUCGCAUCACUUUCCAGCUCAACAGUGACAGUGGCCUUUCCUGUUUUUAAUCAACUUUCUAAUCAUUGCCAGUAUUAUUGACCUCAUUGUCCAGGUUGAGGUGACAACAUGCUGUGGAUUUAAAUUGUGUCAGCAGUCAUGACUAGGUUAUUAUGUCAUGUAUAAUAGUGCCAUAAUUAUCAUAAAAAUUUAAAGUUCAUCAAAUGAAAGAAAAAUCUUUUUUUUUCUUUUUGAUUUGUAUAAGUUGAUACGUUUAUGUACCCAUUUCUCUGAUACGUUUAUGUACCCAUUUCUCUGAUACGUUUAUGUACCCAUUUCUCUGACACGUUUAUGUACCCAUUUCUCUGAUACGUUUAUGUACCCAUUUCUCUGAUACGUUUAUGUACCCAUUUCUCUGAUACGUUUAUGUACCCAUUUCUCUGAUACGUUUAUGUACCCAUUUCUCUCAUACAUGCACACAAAAUACUUUAUACACAUAAAAUCCUAACAAAAUUGUCUGCUCAGUUUUUAAUAACUUCAUUUAGUACAUGCCAAUUUUUUUUUUUUUUUUAAUUCAAAGUUGUCUUUUUGCAUAUGCAAAAAAAUGACCUAAAAUAAAUUUUAAUCAAAUUUU